AUGGCAUCGUCAAGCAGGUGCCUAAACACUUUCUUGGUGGUGGUCCGCCGAGUCGAGCCGCUCGUCGUACUCGCGCAGCUGGGCACGUCUUUGUUUGACACCGCGUUGCUCAUGGUGGUCAAGGACCGGUGCGCCAACGCCACCUACCCCCUCACCGACGCUCAUGUUUCCAGGGAGGACGACCAGCAGAGAGCCAUGUCUGACUUUUACAUGGUCAACAACCUCAUAAUCCAGUUGACACCAAUUGUGCCCGCCGUCCUCCUGGCCAAGGCGGGUGACAAGGGCUGGAGAAGAGCCCCCGUCGCGGUGCCCCUGUGCGGGUACCUGCUGUCUAGCGUCGCCCUCCUCCUGGUGGUUGUUUUAAAGCUGCCCAUUCAAGUGAUGUUCGCGGCAGCAGUUUUCUUCGGUAUUUCCGGUGGGUUCUGCGCUUACUGGCCCGGCGUCAUGACGUUGGUGUCGCUCGGUUCCACAACGGAAACUCGCUCCCAGGUAAUGAUGAGGGUGGAGCUGAUGUAUGGAGUGGCGGGUCUGCUAGGCAGUCUCCUGUCGGGGCAUGUUUUCCUGCUAUACAGCUCUAGUGUUGGAUACGGCACAGUCCUGCUCUGCAUUUGCGCUCUUCUUCAUCUCCUGAGCCUCAUUCACGCCACCGUGCUGCUGCAGGUAAGGCAAGUAUUAGGUGAGCCCGAUGACAGCAGCAGUCGCCUCCUCCCCCAGUCAUCCAACAGCAUCUCUGUGGAUAUCUCAACAAGGAGAAACAUGGUUAUCGUGAUUUUGCUGUUCUCCGCUGCUAUCUUAUACGGUUCCUCAGUGGGAGGCGCUGUCGAGAUCCUGGGCAUCUUUGUGUUGAAAGAGCCACUGCACUGGACUGCCAUGCAGGUGGGUUACGGGAAUAUGGCAGGCUUUGUGAUCUUCCUCAGCAGUUUCCUUGGCGCCAUUGUUUUCCGUCGCUGUGUGAGCGAAGUAACACUCAUCCUAAUUGGCAUGCUGUCAUUCGCCUCUGGAAUCUACCUCAUGUCUUUUGUCACCACAUCCUACAUGUUCUACCUUGCUCGGUCGCUGAGUCUCUUUGCUCUCAUUCCAUUGCCUACAAUCAGAUCGCUGCUCUCACAACAAGUUCCAACAUCAUUAUGGGGCAUCACCCUGACCGCGCUCCAGCUGGCUCUGAGGUUUGCUGCUCUGGCAUACAUCCCCGCCUUCACUAAACUCUACCAGAGAACACUAGGCUGGUCCCCAGGCUUUGUCUUCAUGCUCUCGAGCAUACUGGCAGUUCUCGGAAUGAUACCCAUCAGUGUCGUGGGAUUCAUCUGGUCUCGCUCCAUACGCCCUGUGGAGACAGAGGUUACGCCUGAGAGAAACCGUGUGGACAAGGAGAACUAA